AUGCCUUUCAUCGACGAGCCCGCCCGUGCCGCAAGCACAAAUCAGCCCAUUGCCAUCAUCGGCAUUGGCCUAAGAGCCCCCGGGGACGCCUCCGACCCGGAGAAGUUCUGGCAGAUGCUCCAGGAUGCUCGCUCUGCGCGCUCCGAGAUCCCCAAGGAUCGCUACAACGUCGAUGGAUUCUACCAUCCCGACCCCGAACGGCUGGGCAGCAUCCAGCAGAGACACGCUCACUUCCUGAAGCAAGACUUCAAGGUCUUUGACGCACCCUUCUUCUCCGUCACCCCCAAAGAAGCCAAGGCUAUGGACCCCACGCAACGAAUGCUCCUCGAGGCCGCCUUUGAGAACACAUGGGCUGACUUGAUGGUAGCUGGCCUGAGACUGGAAGACGUCUCAGGAACGCAGACGUCGUGUUACAUCGGAACCUUUACCAACGACUUUGUCAACCUGCAAGCCCAAAGCAACGAGGCGCCCUCCAUCUACCAUGCUACCGGCCUGUCCUCCUCCCUGGCGUCAAAUCGGCUGUCAUGGUUCUACAACCUCAAAGGACCGUCGAUAACCAUUGACACGGCGUGCUCGUCCAGUCUGACGGCCUUCCACCUGGCUUGCCAGAGUAUCCGUAGCGGAGAAUCAGAGAUGAGCAUUGUAGCGGGUGCCAACCUCAUGUUCGGGCCCGACAUGUCGAUCCUCCUCGGCGCGGCCAAGAUCCUAUCGCCCGAGGGCAAGUCCAAGAUGUGGGACGCCAACGCCAACGGGUUCGCCCGCGGAGAAGGGUUCGGCGUCACGAUCCUCAAGCCCCUCGACGCCGCUCUCCGCGACGGAGACACCGUCCGGGCCGUCGUGCUGGCCUCGGCGGCGAACGAGGACGGCAGAACCCCCGGGAUUUCCCUGCCCAACAGCGAGGCCCAGCAGGCCCUCAUCCGCACGGCGUACGAAAACGCCGGCGUCGAUCCCGCCGAGACGGGUUACGUCGAGGCCCACGGCACCGGGACGCAGGCCGGCGACCCGUUGGAAGCCCGGGCCAUCUUGAAGACGAUCGGCGAUCUGCCGGGCCGCACGUCUGAACUCUAUGUCGGUUCAGUGAAGACCAACAUCGGACACUUGGAGGGCGCAGCUGGUGUUGCCGGUAUCAUCAAGGCUGCUUUGGCCGUCGAAAGAGGCCUGAUUCCCCAGAACCUGUGGUUCGAAGAGCUCAACCCCCAGAUCGAGCUCCCGGAUAACGUCAAGAUCCCCACGACUCUCACGGUCUGGCCUCACGGCGGCCCACGACGCGCCAGCAUCAACUCGUUCGGUUUCGGAGGCGCCAACGCCCACGUCAUCAUCGAGGACGCCGCAUCGUACCUCUUCCGCCACGGCCUCCCGGGACGCCACUUCACGACUUCCAACCCGAGGCUCCCUACUGCUCUCUCCAGCGCCGCCAGCGAAAACGGCUCCGACGCGGAGACGACGACGAGCAGCAGCAGCAGCAGCGUCGGCACGGAGGAGCCGCCUGCUUCCAAGCUCAUUGUGCUGUCGUCCAACGACCAGGACGGCGUCAAGCGCAACGUCGAGAGACUGACGACCUACCUGGACAGCAAGACGUCGUCGUCGUCGUCGUCGUCGUGUAAGUCCUCGUUCCUGACGGACCUGGCGUACACGCUCUUCUCCAAGAGGACCACGCUGCCCUGGAAGUCGUUCGCCAUCGCCUCUAGCCCCGCGGGUCUCCGCCAGGGCCUCGAGGAGAUCCCCGCCGUGGUCCGGUCCUCCAACUCGUCCGUGCCGAGGGUGGCCUUCGUCUUCACCGGCCAGGGCGCCCAGUACUUCCGCAUGGGCAAGGGGCUCUCGGCCUACAAGCCCUUCCGGGACAGCGUGCUGCGCUCCGAGCUCGUCCUCAAGUCCCUGGGCUGCCCGUGGACCCUGACCGAGGAGCUGGAGCGCGGCGAGGCGGACUGCAACCUGCGCCGGACCGACUACAGCCAGCCCGCCUGCACCGCCUUGCAGGUCGCCCUCGUCGACCUCAUGAAGGCGUGGGGCGUCAAGCCGGUGGCCGUCGUGGGCCACUCGAGCGGUGAGAUCGCGGCCGCCUACUGCGCCGGCUUCAUCGACCACGAGGCCGCGGUCAAGAUCGCCUGGCUGAGAGGCCAAGUCUCCCAGACCGUCUCCAGGAACGGCGGCAUGCUGGCCGUGUCCGCGAGCGCCGAGAGCGUCGGUGAGCACCUCCGGUCUCUCAAGCUCGGCAAGGCCGUCGUGGGUUGCCUCAACAGCCCCAAGGCCUGCACCGUCUCCGGCGACAACAUGGCCAUCGAGGAGCUCCAGGAGAUCCUGGCCGAGGCGCAGAUUGCGUGCACGCGUCUGCCCAUGGACGUUGCGUAUCACUCGUUCCACAUGGAGGCCGCGAGAGAGAGGUACGAAGCGGCUCUGAAGGGCAUCGCACACGGCUCCUCGGACAUUCCCAUGUUCUCCUCCGUGUCCGGCAAGCUGGUCACCGCCGAGCAGAUGACGCCCUCGUACUGGGUCGACAACCUCGUUUCCCCGGUCAACUUUGUCGGUGCCGUCCGCUCUCUGCUGCACCACACCGAGGGCAAGGCCCGGUCCCACGACAGAACGGCCUUCGCCAGCGUCUUUGUCGAGCUGGGCCCUCACUCGGCUCUCCGGAGCUACCUCCUCGACACCUUCGCCACCGAGGACCGGUUCUCGGACCUCUCGUACGCCACGGCGCUCCGGCGCAAGUUCGACGGCGUGCAGACCGCGCUGGAGGCCAUGGGCCAGCUCUGGGCCAAGGGGUGCGAGGUCGACGUCAACCGCGUCAACGAGGUCUCGGACAGCACCGGCAUGCUGGUCGACCUGCCGCCGUACGCGUGGAACCACACGCGCGAGUUCUGGGACGAGUCCUACCUCAGCCGCGAGUACCGGCUCCGAGAGAAGCCCCGGACGGACCUGCUCGGCUACCGCAUGUCGGGCACGCCUGACCCGACGUGGCGCUGCCACCUCCGGUGCGCCGAGAGCCCCUGGAUCCGGGAGCACAAGGUCCAGGGCGACAUCCUGUACCCCGGAGCCGGCAUCGUCAUCAUGGCCAUCGAGGCGGCUCGCCAGCUUGCCGAGGAGCACGACACGGAGGAGAUCCACGGAUACGAGCUCCGCGACGUGGCCAUCGACACCGCGCUGAGAGUGCCCGACACGGAGAAGGGCAUCGAGGUCAUGAUCCAGCUCCACGCCCGCCGGACCGGGACCAAGGCCGCGCCGUCCGCCACCCUGAACGAGUUCUCCGUCUCGUCGUGGUCCGAGGAGAUCAGGGAGUGGACCGUCCACGCCCGGGGCCUCGUGUCCGUCACCUUCAAGUCGGCCCUCUCCCCCUCGAUGCAGCGCGAGCUGGCCCUCGAGAACGAGCGGUACGCGCAGUCGUUCGCCGACGCCAGGAAGAUCUGCCAGAAGCCCGCGCGCAGCUUCCUCUACGACACCGUCGAGACCAUCGGGAUGCAGUACGGCCCGACCUUCCGCAACAUGACGGAGCUGUUCGCCGGGCCGAACGCGAGCUACGGCGUCAUCAGCGUGCCGGACACCAAGUCGGUCAUGCCCAAGGGCUUCGAGUACCCCAACGUCGUCCACCCUGCCACGCUGGACUCGGUGCUCCACCUCCUGUUCCCGUCCAUCAGCGGCGAGGACCAGUCUCUCAGCGAGGCCGUCGUCCCCUUCUCCUUCGACCGCAUCUUCGUCUCGGCCAGGCUCUCGGGCGUGCCGGGCACCAGGCUCCACGGAUGCUCCACGGCCCAGAAGACCAGCUACACCACGUGGAAGUCCUCCAUCACCAUCUCGGAGGACCUCUCGGAGCCCAUGAUCGUCAUGGAGGGCGUCUCCCUGGCCUCCGUCGGCGAAGGCGACGCCCAGAAGACCCAGGAGACCAGGGCCUCCUGCUUCGGCCAGACCUGGCACGAGGACGCCGACCUGCUCGAGCCGUCGCAGGUCAAGGAGCUGGUGUACAGGCGCACGCUCAAGAGCAAGGACGACGAGUCCGUCCUCGACAAGCUCGAGUACGUCUGCCUCGUCCACAUCUACCGGUGCCUCGCCUGGCUCGGGAGCGACGAGGGCCGGGCGUUCGUGCCCCAGGACGGCUUCUGGAAGCUGUACGUCGAGUGGAUGCGCGACACCAUCAAGCAGUUCCCCCCCCUCGCCGGCAGCGAGGCCGAGGUCGAGGCCGAGCUGGACGCCGCGCGCAAGAGGAUCGUGCUGUCCGAGAGCGGCGACAUCACGGUCCAGAUGGUCGACCGCAUCGGCGAGAACCUCAGGAGGAUCUUCUCGCGCGAGGUCGAGCCGCUGCAGGUCAUGACGGAGGGCGACCUGCUGUACUCGUUCUACCGCGGCGCCUUCGGCACGAGCUUCAACACCAACGUGGCCGAGUACGUCGGCAUGGUCGCCGACAAGAGCCCCGGCGUCAAGAUCCUCGAGAUCGGCGCCGGCACCGGCGGCACCACGUACCACGUCCUCGAGCGCCUGCGCAACCCCGACGGCAGCUCCAAGGCGGCCAAGUACUGCUUCACCGACAUCUCGCCCGGCUUCCUCGCCAAGGCCGCCGACCGCUUCUCCGAGGACGCGUCCAUCAUGGAGUUCACGACGCUCAACAUCGAGAACGAGCCGGCCGAGCAGGGCUUCGAGCCCGAGAGCUACGACCUCAUCGUGUGCGCCAACGUCCUCCACGCCACCAAGAGCAUCCAGGAGACCCUGGCCCACUGCAGGUCGCUGCUCAAGCCCGGCGGCCGCCUCGUGCUUUCCGAGGUCACCAUCAAGCGCAUCUUCUCCGGCUUCAUCAUGGGUCCGCUGCCCGGUUGGUGGCUCGGUGAAGACGACGGCCGCAAGGGCGGCCCCUUGCUGGACGUCGACGAGUGGAACACCGCGCUGGUCCAGGCUGGCUUCUCGGGUGUUGAUGUCGACAUCCGCGGUGACCGGGAGGUUUCGAGAGAGCCCGUCUCCUUGAUCCUCUCGACCAAGCCGGAGGCACAAGCCCCUGGCCCGUCUCAGUUCGUCAUCGUCAGCACGGGAUCCGAAGCCUCCGAGAAGCUCUCCCUCUCCAUCCAGAAGCAGCUUGUCUCUGCAUCUCAGGACGUCGCCGUCCUUCAGUGGAACGACCUCGACGAUGCCUCCAACGGCCAAGUGGAAGGCAAAUACUGCCUCUGCCUUGCGGAGUGGGAGAACCCGGUGCUCUCCAACCUCACGGAUGCCGACUGGGAGAGGCUUCGCCAUGUCAUCCUCCGCUCCGCCGGCACUCUCUGGAUCACGGGCGGUGCCGCCAUGGAAUGCCCGGAGCCGAUGAAGUCCCUGAUGGUUGGUCUCUCGAGAGCCAUCCGCAACGAGAACGCCGGAGUCCGCCUCGCCACCCUCGACCUGGAGACGCCCAGCACCAUCGACUUUGACGACGCUGCCAAGAACGUUCUCAAGGUGGCCCUGAGCCACAGCCGCGGCGAUGGGUUCGACGGGGAGUACGCCGCCCGCGGCUCCGUCGUCUACGUCCCCCGCGUGGAGAGGACGCUCGGCGUGGACGCCUCCCUCCGCAAGUACGAGGCCAAGGGCCAGCCGGAGCUCGUCUCCUUCAAGGGCUGCGGCCGGCCCCUCAAGCUCACCAUCAAGACGCCCGGCCUCCUCGACACGUUCCGGUGGGAGGAGGACGAGGUCUACUACGAGCCCCUGGCCGAGGACUGGAUCGAGGUCGAGGUCAAGGCCGUCGGCCUCAACUUCAAGGACGUCCUCGUCGCCCUGGGCAACCUCGCCGAGAACAAGCUGGGCGUCGAUGCCUCCGGCGUCGUCACGCGCGUCGGAGCGGCCGUGUCCGACUUCAAGCCCGGCGACCGCGUCAUGACCGCCUCGUGCGACACCUUCGCCACCUACGUCCGCUUCCCCGCCAAGGGCGCCAUCGCCGUCCCCGAGACCAUGACCUUUGAGGAGGCGGCCUCCAUGCCCCUCAUCUUCCUGACGGCGCAGUACUCCCUGGUCACGGCCGGGAACCUCGUCAGGGGCGAGAAGAUCCUGAUCCACGCCGCCGCCGGAGGUGUCGGCCAGGCCGCCAUCAUGAUCGCGCAGCGCAAGGGGGCCGAGAUCUUCGCCACGGUCGGCUCGGACGAGAAGAAGCAGCUCAUCAUGGACCAGUACGGCAUCCCCGAGGACCACAUCUUCAGCAGCCGAGACGCCAGCUUCGCCAAGGCCGUCAUGCGGGCCACCGACGGCCGCGGCGUCGACGUCGUGCUCAACUCCCUCGCCGGCGAGCUCCUCCGCGUGUCGUGGCACUGCCUGGCCAAGUUCGGCCGGUUCCUCGAGAUCGGCAAGGCCGACCUCUUCGCCAACACGGGCCUGGACAUGAAGCCCUUCCUCGACAACAAGGCCUACAUCGGCGUCAACCUGCUCGACUUUGAGAACAACCCGACGCCCCGCGCCGUCGCCCUCUGGGAGGACACGGCCAGGCUCAUCCACGACGGGUCCGUCAAACCCAUCGCGCCCCUCCAGCUCUUCUCCAUGGCCGAGGUCGAGAAGGCCUUCCGGUACAUGCAGGCCGGCAAGCACAUGGGCAAGGUCGUCGUGCGCGUCGACGACGCCGACAUGGUCCCCGCCGUGCCCCGGAUCCCGCGCGUCGACAUCCACGCCGACGCCACCUAUGUCAUUGCCGGCGUCGGCGGCAUCUGCAAGGAGAUUGGCCGCUGGCUGGCCGAGAAGGGCGCCAGGCAUCUCGUCCUGCUGUCCCGCUCGGCUGCCAGCGGCGAGGAGAACAAGGCCUUCGCUGCCGAGUUGCAGAAGACUUUCGGUGCCGCCACGUACGCGUACGACUGCGACGUCGGAAACAAGACGGCGCUCGGUCAGGUCCUGGACGACCUCAAGUCCAAGGACGUUCCCGAGAUCAAGGGAUGCGUCACUGGCGCCAUGGUUCUCCGGGACACCCUGUUUGACGCCAUGACCGCGGACCACGUCCGGACCACCGUCGGUCCCAAGGUCCACGGCACCUGGAACCUGCACGAGCUCCUCCCCAAGGAGCUCGACUUCUUCGUCAUGCUCAGCUCCCUCGCGGGCGUCAUGGGCCACCGCGGCCAGGGCAACUACGGCUGCGGCAACAUCUUCCAGGACUACUUCGCCGCCUACCGUCGCGCCCUCGGUCUGCGCGCCAUGACGGUCGACAUCGGCUACCUCCUCAGCGUCGGCUUCGUCGCCGAGCAUGACGAGUACGUCGACCACGUCAAGGCCAUGGGCCUCAAGGUCAUGCACAAGAGUGACCUCCACGGCCUCAUGGCCACCGCCCUCGAGGGCUCCGGCGCCCACCCGGCCCAGGUCAUGUGCGGCCUGCCGUACAACGAGCACGACGACGCCUGGUACUGGAUCCAGGACCAGCGCUUCGCGGGCCUCAGGAAGAAGGCGUCCGGGGCCGGGGCCGGCGGCUCCGCCAGCGUCUCACUGCGCGACGAGCUCGUCCGGUGCGGCAAGGCCGACGGCGAGGCGGUGGACCUCAUCACCUCGGCUCUCGUGCAGCGCCUGGCGAAGCUGAUGAUGAUGCCCGAGGACGACGUCGACGCCGGCAAGCCGCUGAGCGCGUACGGUGUCGACAGCUUGGUCGCCGUCGAGGUGAGGAACUGGAUCGCCAAGGAGGUCGCCGUCGAGGUCAGCGUCUUCGACAUCAUGGCCAACAUUCCGAUGAGGCAGCUUGCGGCGGACUUGGCCGGCAAGAGCAAGCUUCUCGUGCAGGAGGCUUCAUAG